CAACCGGAAAAACUCUGGCAAUUGGCAAGUAGAAUCUGAACUAAGCUCUUCUGCCUAAGAAUUAUCGAAACACUUCCACACAAUACCCACGCGCUCUCUCACGCUCGUGUAUACUUAAUUGACGACGAUCUCUUCGAUGCUCUCACUCCCUUCUGAUUCCCACCGUCUUCGUCUUCGUCUUUGUCUUUGGAUCUCUCUCUCUCUCUGGCAUUAUCUUCUUUCUUUGAGUUACAGAACUGAGAUCUGUUUUUGGAGUUAAAGAAUGGCUUCAAUGUCUCAUUCAUCCAUAGCAUUGUGUGGAGCUUCUGCUUCUGCUUCGGACCACCUGCGUAGUUCGACCAAUGGUGUCUCAUUGAGAACCCUAGGAAGAGCAAUGGUUGCAUCCACCAAAAGAAGCAACCUGUACGUGACAGCUCGCCUCAAGAAAGGCAAAAAGUUCGAUCACCCCUGGCCUUCCAACCCUGACCCGAACGUCAAAGGAGGAGUCUUGUCUUACCUCUCCACUUUCAAACCCUUGGGGGACACUCAAAAGCCCGUCACUCUUGAUUUCGAGAAGCCACUCGUUGAACUCGAGAAGAAGAUUGUCGAUGUGAGGAAGAUGGCCGCUGAAACUGGUUUGGACUUCACUGAUCAGAUCAUCACUUUGGAAACCAAGUAUAGACAGGCGUUGAAAGAUCUUUACACGCAUCUCACACCGAUACAGCGCGUGAACAUUGCACGACACCCCAACCGUCCUACUUUCCUUGAUCAUAUACAUAACAUCACUGACAAGUUUAUGGAGCUUCAUGGAGACAGGGCGGGUUAUGAUGAUCCAGCCAUUGUGACUGGUAUUGGAACCAUAGAUGGGAAACGUUAUAUGUUCAUUGGUCACCAGAAAGGAAGAAACACCAAAGAGAAUAUAAUGCGUAACUUUGGGAUGCCUACUCCUCAUGGUUACAGGAAGGCGUUACGGAUGAUGUAUUACGCAGACCAUCAUGGUUUCCCCAUUGUGACUUUCAUCGACACUCCUGGAGCCUAUGCAGAUCUUAAAUCUGAGGAACUUGGACAGGGUGAAGCGAUUGCCAACAAUCUGAGGACAAUGUUCGGCUUGAAAGUGCCGAUUCUUUCUAUUGUCAUUGGAGAAGGUGGUUCUGGAGGUGCCUUGGCUAUUGGCUGUGCUAAUAAAAUGCUGAUGCUUGAAAACGCUGUUUUCUAUGUUGCCAGUCCAGAGGCAUGUGCAGCGAUCUUGUGGAAUAGUUCCAAGGCUGCUCCUGAGGCUGCUGAAAAGCUUAGAAUUACCUCCAGGGAGUUGGUUAAGCUUAAUGUAGCCGAUGGAAUCAUACCUGAACCUCUUGGUGGUGCUCAUGCUGAUCCUUCAUGGACAUCGCAGCAGAUAAAGAUUGCUAUCAAUGAAAACAUGAAUGAGUUUGGAAAAAUGAAUGGAGAUGAGCUGCUGAAGCACAGGAUGGCUAAGUACAGAAAGAUUGGAGUGUUCAUUGAGAAUGCUCCAGUAGAGCCAGAGAUUAAAGUCAACAUGAAGAGGAGAGACGCUGUGAUCUCCAAUAGCCGGAAGCUGGAGGGGGAAGUUGAGAAGCUAAGAGACCAGAUUCUGAAAGCCAAGGAGACUUCUUCAGAGGAAGCGCCGUCUAGUGAAGUUCUCAACGAGAUGAUUAAGAAACUUAAGUCAGAGAUCGAUGAUGAGUACACUGAAGCUGCAAGAGCAAUGGGUUUGGAGGAGAGACUAACAGCAAUGCGUGGAGAAUUCUCAAAGGCGAGUGCAGAGGAGCAUCUUAUGCAUCCUAUUCUGAUAGAGAAGAUUGAGAAGCUUAAAGAAGAGUUCAAUACACGUUUGAGUGAAGCACCUAACUACGAGAGCCUCAAAUCUAAGCUUGACAUGCUAAAGGACUUUUCAAGAGCCAAGGCAGCUUCAGAAGCUGCUUCAGUGAAAAAUGAGAUCAAUAAGAGGUUUCAAGAAGCUGUGGACCGUCCUGAAGUUAGAGAGAAGGUUGAGGCGAUCAAAGCCGAGGUUGCGAGCUCAGGAGCAUCAUCUUUUGAAGAGCUGAGUGAUGAGCUGAAGGAAAAAGUUUUGAAGACGAAAGGGGAGGUGGAAGCAGAGAUGGCUGGUGUGUUGAAGUCAAUGGGCCUAGAGCUUGAGGCUGUGAAACCGAAUGUGGCUGAGCAGAUCUUUGUUCCGAGCGAAAACAUUCAAGAAAAGGUUGAAAAGCUGAACCGAGAGAUCAGUGAGAAGAUUGAGGAGGUGGUGAGGACGCCAGAGAUCAAGAGCAUGGUUGAGUUGCUGAGAGUGGAGAACGCAAAGGCGAGUCAGACGCCAGGUGAUACUAAAGUGAGUAGUCAGAAGAUAGAGACUCUUGAGCAGCAGAUCAAGCAGAAGAUUGCAGAUGCUUUGAGCAUGUCAGGACUGCAGGAAAAGCAAGAGGAGCUUGAGAAGGAGCUCGCGGUUGCACGUGAAUUAGCUGCAGAGAAAUCACAGGAGAGCCUGAAGGAAGAUGAUGAUGAUGAUGAUGACGAUGAAGACGGUUCAGAAUCUGAGAAACCAGAGAUCAUUAACCCCAGCUUCGCCUGAAACAACAAAACAAGACAUUGUUUGAUCUUGAAGCUCUUUUCGAUGGCAUUGGUAAGAGGCUAUUCUUAGAACUAUCCAAGAUCUGACCAAUAGCAAAACAUCAACUUAGAUUCUGGAACAUGAUUUCUGGAUUGGAUUUAGAGUGACUUUUGUCUUUGAAUUCAUUUCUCUGUAUUUGUUAUGUCUUUUUUGUUUCAUUAGAACACUAGUUUUGUCGUUUUGAGUCGAGUCUCACAUGACAAUACGCAACACUUUCCACUCUUCUGUUCAAACCUUUGAUAUAUUUAUAGAUUUGUCAAAUGAUACUCAA